GGGUGAGACGGGGGAUUCCUGAGUCCCGAAGAGCCGUCCGGGCUGGGGUGGGAGAAAGAUAUCAAGGUCCAUUGUACUGACGCAGUUGAUGGGGACAAGGGGCGGGACACUCCGCAAACUUGGAAUGACAACGCCGCAGAAUUCGGCGACAGAGUGCCAGAUUCUUUCCUCCCCACCCCCUCCUAUCUGCACUCUCUACCCCGAGCAUCACUGUGCCCACGGCCAUCACCUUCUAGGACUCUCCCGGCCCACACCACGGUGCGCACGGGCGAUUUCUCCCAAAGAACAAAGGAAACGGAGGGCCUGAAAAGGGUGGAACUCAAACCUAGGUCACCUUUCCCACCGCACUUGUCCCCACACAAAGCAAUCUCAGCCGCGAUCCGAGCCCCGCCCCGUGAGUUCGCACGUGGCCCCCACCUGACCUGGAGCCGGGAGGCGGAGUAGGGCGGGGCGGGCGGCAAGCGCAGCACUUUCUGCGGCUUUGACGAGCUCGCGGCAGCCGGCCCGAGCGCUUAACGGGUAUGAGACUGCGCCAUGCAGGAAGCUUCAGCCGCGCUGCCCACGGAGCCGGGCCCCAGCCCCGUGCCCGCCUUCCUCGGCAAGUUGUGGGCGCUGGUGGGUGACCCGGGCACCGACCACCUUAUCCGCUGGAGCCCGAGCGGGACCAGUUUCCUCGUAAGCGACCAGAGCCGCUUCGCCAAGGAAGUGCUGCCCCAAUACUUCAAGCACAGCAACAUGGCGAGCUUUGUGCGGCAACUCAACAUGUAUGGCUUCCGGAAGGUAGUGAGCAUCGAACAGGGCGGCCUGCUCAGGCCUGAGCGCGACUACGUUGAGUUCCAGCACCCAAGCUUCGUGCGCGGCCGUGAGCAACUACUGGAACGCGUGCGGCGCAAGGUGCCUGCGCUGCGCAGCGAUGACGGCCGCUGGCGCCCGGAGGACAUGGGCCGGCUGCUGGGAGAGGUGCACUCUUUGCGGGGAGUGCAGGAGAGCACCGAGGCGCGGCUGCGGGAGCUCAGGCAGCAGAACGAGAUCUUAUGGAGGGAGGUGGUGACUCUCCAGCAGAGCCACAGUCAGCAGCACCGGGUCAUUGGCAAGCUGAUCCAGUGCCUCUUUGGACCACUUCAGGCGGGGUCUGGCAGUACAGCAGCUAAGAGAAAACUAUCCCUGGUGCUGGAUGAGGGGAGCUCAUGCCCAACACCAGCCAAAUUCAACACCUGCCAUCUACCUGGUACCCUCCUGCAGGACCCCUACUUUACCCAGUCGCCCCUCCCAGAAACCACACUGGGCCUCAGCAACCGUCACAGGGCCAGAGGCCCUAUUAUAUCUGACAUCAGUGAAGAUUCUCCAUCCCCUGAUGAAGAUUCUCCCUCCAGUGGUGGCAAGAGGGAGAAAGGCCUGGCACUGCUCAAGGAAGAGCCAGCCAGCCCAGGAGGGGAAGGUGAGGCCGGGCUGGCCCUGGCCCCAACCGAGUGUGACUUAUGCGUGACAGCCCCCCCUCAACUGCCUGUGGCUGUGGUGCAGGCCAUCCUGGAAGGGAAAGGGAGCUUCAGCCCUGAAGGGCCCAGCAGCGCCCAACAGCCUGAACAAAAGGGUCUCAGGGAAGUACCUGACAGGGGACCUCUGGGCCUGGGGAGGGGGGUCCGGAGCCCAGAGAGUCUGCUGCCUCCAGUGCUGCUUCAGACCUCCCCUGAAAGUGUGGAGCCUACAGGGACACUGGAUGUGCUAAGCCCCAGCCUCCAAGGGCGAGAAUGGUCGCUAAUGGACUUGGACAUGGAGCUGUCCCUGGUAAGAUGGGGGUGGGUUGGGCAAACCCUUUGGUCCAUGGCUGUUCUCUCCCAAAGCCCAGCUCUCCUCCUCAGCUCCCAGGGUUCCCCCAUGCAGAUGCAGCCCUUGGUUCCAGAGAGGGGUGAGACUGAGCUGACGAUCAAGGGGUUAAAUUCUCCAGUCUCAGGUAAUAAUGGUUGUGGUGACUCAAGACCUGGGGAAGGCCCUGACUGGGAAGGACUCCACUCUUGGAGCACCACUCCUGCUGGAUGUCCAAGCAGCUUUGGGAGGCCCAGCCCUCUGCCUGCCGGGAGCUUUAACCAUUUACAACGCCCCAGAGAGCCGGGCUUCCUACCUGGGCCCUGGGGCCAAUCUCUCCGCAUGAGACCUGCUCUACUCUGAAGCCAGCCUGGCUGAGGGGGCUGACCUGCAGCAGCACGCCUUUCUCUGCUUCCUGGUGCCCCUUUGCAAAGGCGGAGCAAAAGCCCCUUACGUUUUGCAACCCCUCUCCAUUACCGAGCCCUGCACAUAAACCGCAUUUUUGUGUG